GAUGAAAUCCUCAAAGCUGCUGUUAUGAAAUAUGGCAAAAAUCAAUGGGCCAGAAUAGCUUCUUUGCUGCACCGCAAAGCCGCUAAGCAGUGUAAAGCUAGGUGGUAUGAAUGGCUUGAUCCUAGUGUAAAGAAAACAGAGUGGAGCCGUGAAGAAGAUGAAAAAUUAUUACAUCUUGCCAAGCUUAUGCCAACUCAGUGGCGAACAAUUGCUCCGAUAGUUGGAAGAACUGCAAAUCAAUGUUUAGAACGCUAUGAAUAUCUUUUAGACAAAGCACAAAACAGGGAAGGCUUGUCUGCAGAAGAGGAUCCUAAACGUCUUCGUCCUGGUGAAAUCGAUCCAAAUCCUGAAACUAAACCUGCACGUCCAGAUCCCGUUGAUAUGGAUGAAGAUGAAUUAGAAAUGCUUUCAGAAGCCAGAGCAAGACUGGCAAACACACAG